AUGCAUGUUUUGCUCACUUGCGGAGGUCUGCUUCCCAAGAGCGCGCUUGGCAUUUCGGUGGCGCUGACAUUGGUUUGCAGCAUCCAGGCUGUUUCCAAUGCGACGGCGGGCUUAGAAGUGGAUCUGUCAUACAGGGAGGCUUCGUCAGCUUCGUGGACUUGGGCGGCUCACAGUGAGCACAACGCACGAUCCAACGUGGUCGUGGCACCAGGUCAAGUGACUGGCCAUGCCCGCAGGCUGCAAGAGGUCAUCACCAAUGAGCUGGAUUAUACCCGAACGUCGAUUUCGUUUACCUUUCUAGAUGAUGUUGAGCCGCCGCUGCAGUGCCAGCCCAGCGACUGUCAACCAACUGCCACCGGCAUUUAUGCGGGUGUGACCAUCUCCCAGGUUGAGAUUAUCAUUGACCCUGACACCUUCAACGCACCUGCUGCGAAAUUACGAGUAGUUUACGAUGAAGUAGAUCGGGCCGGUGCCAAUCUUGGCCAGUGCCGUUAUGGAAACUUCCCCUACGGAGCGCACUCGGCGACCGUGAACCAGCCGUGGUCUGGUGUGGGUGCCUCCACGAUCACUCUAGAUGGGAGUAUGCAAGCAAAGAUCGAUCUGGCAACCUUUCUUCCACUGACGUUCAAGAUGGGGGGCAUCUUCCACUUGUGCUACUCGGAUGAUGGUUCCUUUGAUCCUGGGCACACGGACAUCGUGCCUCAACGCAUAGAGGUCUACGGCAUUUAUGAUACCCGUACCGAGUGCGCCGAAGAUGAGACGUGUCUGACGAAGAGACCAUACAAUUGCUUCUUGCGACGGCAAGCCUACAACAACAUGGAAGACGCUUAUGAUGGCACGACAUCUUGUGUCAUUGAUUACAGCUACGACGGAGCAGGCUUCAGAGGACUUCCUGGCGGCGGCAGAGGCUCCUGGACCGGUGAGUUUGCCACCAAUUACGAUUCCAACGGCAUGGUUACAACGGAGAUCUUGCGGUCGUGUGGCUCGAGUGGUUUGGGCGACUUCCCUGCUGCAUUUCUUUGUAAUGCGGAUGGUCAAUGUGGCGAUCUGGCCACGAGGAAUCCUUACAUCGUUCCGGACCCGGUGCACGCUUACAAGCGGAUGAAUGUUCCUCCUGGACGGCCGGACUUGCAAGGGCCGACCUUCAAGGCUUAUGCAGUUGCAGCGUGCUACUGCCCUGAUUUCCAGAGAUGUGACUCCUUCAGCCCCGACUACGUGCAGCAGGUGGGGCUACUCUACUUCUUCGCGACGAAGGUGUGCCCCAACGGCUUCGAGGCCGUGGCAUGCGCGCUGGAUUUCACAGGUGCUGCGCCGCAACACCGAUUCGCUCUGAAAGUGGAAUGUCCGAGCACGGCCUGCAGUUUUGCAGCGACGAGCCGCAUCAAAGUGGUGAUGCAGGAGGCCAACAACAACCUUCCCGCCUGGGACCCUUCGUCGGGAUGUGGCGCUGCAGUCCAUGGCAUCAACGCGAUGGGUGUGCAGGUUUUGCCAUCAGACGACAAUCCGGAUGUUGCUACAAUGAAUGGCGGUAUGCGCCAGGACUACAAAAUCUGGAACUUCAAGAACUCCUCCACGGGCCUGAUCUUUGACACCAAAACAUCUGGUUUCCAAUUCAGGACGGGUCCCACAGAUCAUGAGCUUCGCAGCCGCUACUCGGGAGAGACCUUCGACGUCUGCUUCUGUGAUGCUGGUUGCUCUGUCACCGCGAAUUGGUUCAAGGUCGGUCAGCUGCGCUUCGCCCCCUUCCAGCCUGUCAGCGCAGCCUCCAACGUCUCUGUCCUGCAGGACGAGUUUAUCCUUGAGUACAUGAACACUCCUGGAACUUUCGGCUUCUAUCGUCCAUGGGUUGACUACGGUGUCAUGGGCUUGCAGGAAGGGGGUGCUUUGAAGCUGGUCUCGGACCCUGACUUGACCAUGACGGACGAGGGCUGUGUCUCUGCAGAGUACAGCCGAACCUUGGUGGACCCCAACACGAUGACCAUCCAGAACGCAGCUACAGCCUACAGCGGAAAAAGCAAUGCGGCUGCUGAUGUGAACAAGCUCAUGUUCAACAAUGCAAUCAUGGCCAACACAAUCAUCGUGAACCAGGCUGGCUUUGUGGCGGUGUGUUACUGUGCACGACCGGUUGAAGACACCCCUGGAGUCUGUGCCCACGACCAGUGGGUGAUGGUGAAUCGCCUGACAAUCAGAGGGCCAGGCCCAGGCCAAAGUUGGACAGUCUCCACGAACGUGGUUUUCCGGAUUGAGUAUUCCGGAUGGGGUCUGGCGAAGGAUGACAAGGUUCGCAUCAUCCCGGCCACUUCCCAGUGCUCCGAUGUGAACGGCAACCCACGGGCCGCCUGGGGCGUCACGAGCAUCAAGGUUGGCUGCCCGCAUCCGUGCUCGGAGGUCGGUGAGAUCAAUGACGUUCUGAACGGAGAUAUCUCGGUUGGUGUCCUUUCAUCAGACUCCUACAUGUGUGACAUCCAGAAUGAAGGCUGCCGAACCAACGAUAUCAAGGCCGUCACAGUGAUGGAUGAGUUCACCACAGAGCUGGAGUUCGAGGCAUCCUCCACUCUCUCGGAUGGUGACUUGAUCACACUGGGGGAAAAUUUCAUAUGUGCUCCCGGACAGACAGACGUUGUUUGCAACCACGAGCGUCUCUCUGUGCUCAGGGGUCGGUAUGACCUCGCGGACAGACUGGAUAACCACAAUUCGGCCCCGAACGAGUACAUUGCAGGUCAUGCUGUGACUGUGGAUCCCACGGAUUCCAAGAAGGUGACCAUUCGCGUUGGCUGGCCCGAUCCGAAGCCGCAGUUUACAGUGCAGUACAUCAACAAUCGCCGAGGCCGCUGGCAACGGCACAGCAAGGCGAUCACAGCCGAAGAAAUCAUGGGCGAGAAAGAAAGGAUUGACAUGAAGGUCUGCUGGAAGUACACACCUGCCAUGGGUGAGUCGGGUCCUGCACCGCGGCAUGUAGCGGAGGUGGGCACCCUCACAAUGCUGGACCCGAAUGCCAUGAGCGAGUGUCUUGUAAGCCUGACCACGCUGGUGAAGAAGCAGAUGACGCCAUAUGCACCGAUGAUAUUAUCGUUUAGGACGGCCACGGCUGAGACAGGAAAGCGAUACGAGUCGCUCGAGGGCCGAAUGCGCCUCAGGAUCUAUUUCGUCAGGACAGUGGCAUUGAGAGCUACGUUCACAGAUGGUGCGAUCAUUGAAGACAAUCAGGGAGAGGACGAGCUAAACGAGGCCCGACAGUACAUCUGCGGCAAGCUCUUCCGGGAGGUGUGGUCGAGUGAUGAGGAGCUGGGCUUCCCGAUGCCCAGAGGCUGCUACUAUCGAACCUAUGGCCAGACGCAGGAGCUCAACAUGCUAUUCGAUCGAAAGAACGGCCUCUCUCCGGGCAAGUACUACCAGGUUGUGCUUAUGGGCGUGGCUAUGGACGAGGCGAUCCGCGACGGGGAGUACGUGCACAUCUUUACGACAGAUGACGUGGACCUUCACCCAUACAUCGCCUUGGAGCGCGGUAUUGCAACGCUCUACAGAUCACCACAGGACCCGGCGUAUGGUUCGCAAGGUGUGAAAUUUGCCGAAACCGACGGUGUGAAGAUUUCUAGCGGCUCGGGCACGGAGAUGCUGGAGCUGAAGGGUGGCACGGAGUUGAGACUUGAGCUCAAAGGCGAUCCUUUGGGAGGUGGCAUCUCCGCGUCGGCAGUCUUGCGAUUGUACCUGUGGCCUUUGACGCAGUGGAAUGUUGCCAACGCCUGCACGGUCAUGUGCAUCGCUCACGACCAGGUCUCGGCACCCUGUGGGGCAGUUCAAGAUUGCAAGGGUGAUGCGAUCAUCCCCAACUUCCAGCAAAACUUCCUGCGCAUCGUGUUGCCGUCUGCCAUGGCAACGAUGACAGAGUUUAUCAGCCACACGCUUGUCUUCCCGGAUUUGGUGCUGCCCACCGGUGGAUUCUUCUCCACCCGGCUUGCCGCGCAAAUCUCCAAGGCGGACGACACAAAGCCUCACUACACGGAAAGCAGUGGAGAUUACAUCCACAAGAUGCAUAAUGAAGGUGUCGGUGUUGGCAAGCUCGUAGAGUUCUAUGGGGAUGGCGACCAAAGCCCAUACCGCGGGGAUGACAGAAACAUCCUGUAUGCAAAUGUGGUGCUGCCGUCCACUCUCUUCGCAGCCGUACAGACCGGUGAUGCUUACAUGACGUUGACAUUACCCACGGGGUACGAGUGUGUGCGAACUCCAGACAUCAACGGCGAGUCGCCAUGGCGCGCGGAGGACGACUUGGGCGUCUUCCAGGGCAAGAUUCCUCAGGGAACCGGCUCACCUGACGAAGGGGGCGGCACAAGGGGUUGGUCAGUCAACGCAAACCAAUGUGUGUACACGCUGCGCCAGAAUGCAGUUAUCUAUGCUGGCAGCUCCUUGUAUAUACGGGUCACUGCCAACAACCCUGACACUGCACUGCAGCGGAUGGACCCAACGAACCGUUGGCAGGUGUCGCUGACCAGUAAAGGCUACCACCAGUAUGAGGUCACCUUCCCUCCAGUGACUUUCAACACCGUGAUGCAAAACUUCAGCUCGAACACGGCAGUGCUGGGAAAGAUCACGCAGCCACUGAUAGUUCCAUCGAACUGGAUGUACUCCGAGGGAGGGGUUGUCAUGGCACAGGGCUUCCUGAACAUCUUCUUCCGGUCGGAGCAGGGCACAGGUGUGGAGUCAUCGGUGCAUGUGGAAGCGCCGGCAGGCUUCUCUUUCUCACCGAACCCUUGCCGAGUUCAAGACCUGGAGGACGUGUAUUAUUCCACUCCAGGGCAGAUGGGAUCACCGACGCACCGCUUACCAGGCAUCGUCUCAUGCGAUCACCGGAGCUUCCCCUACAACCAUGCUGCUGUUAAGCUGACGGGUGCCAUCUUGUCGAAUUCCAAUUAUGCAUUUGGACUCUGGGUCUCAAACGCAGAGGUGUAUGCAGAGUCGCAGAGAACCGGCUGGAGGAUUUACACAUUAGACAUGAACGACUUCAAGGUGGAUGGGACGCCAAUGCCGAUUCCUGCAUUGGCACACACAGCGACAAGUCUGACGAUGCCGGACGCAAUGCUGAGUUUUGGACUCUACCGGGCACAGAUCAACACACAGACGACCCUCAAUGUGCAGGUGUCCAUUGCAAGCACUGUUCCGUAUACAAUGUCGAUGCAGAGAACAUGGGUGACGGUCCUUCCUUUGAGGGUCGGAGAGCAGAUCACCUCGACUCUGAGAGUAGCAGCACCCAUGGGGUACGAGUGGGAUUUCGCGAAUUCCGAAUUCCGUCACCUUGCUCCCUUCCCGAAUACGACGGAGAGCCUCUGGCUGAUGGGUACCACGGGAACGCUGCCAGGCAGAUAUCCGCAGCGGCAGGGAAACGUCUUGCUGUGGAGCCAGGCGAGGAUGUAUUGGCCCAACGAGACAUACGGGUUUCAGACCUACAUCCGCGUCCCCGACCGGACUCCAAGUGCCGCUCCGAAUUGGUUCAUCUUCGAGUUUGGCUACGAUGGCAACUCGCUGGCCACAAGGCAUGCAGCUUCAGCGGUGCCGGCUCCGGAGGUGCAGUCGUUGACCAACGCCGCCAUGGAGUACAACACGAAUGUGGAGGGGAAGGUGAAUCCGAUCAUUUUCCAGAUCCAGACCAUCAGUCAGAUACCUGCGGGGGGUGGCCUUUUCAUCGAGGGCCCGCUCGGCUUCGAGUUCCCCAAUCCCUGCACUCCAGAGGUGGCCCCAGCUGCUCGCGGGGCGACGUAUCAGGUCGAGCCGAUGGCAGGAAGGGUGUUGAGUCUGCCAAUGGAAGUGGCAUGCGGCUUUCAGCAGACGACUGGCCCGACUGGCCGGAGCAUCAUCAGGCUAACCGCUGGUGCAUCCGGCAUCAUGCCCGGUCUUUACCGUUUCCAGCUGCUCGGGAAAAACCCCGCGACCGCAGUCGCCAAUUCCGUCGACAACACAAAGCCCUGCAUGAUGCAGUUCUGCUGGGACUUCCACUCCCUUCGGGUGAUUGGCAAUGUCAACACCAAGCUGGACUCAAGCAUUAGCAUCCCUUCAUUCGACAUCAAUGUGAAGAUGGUCGAGGCCCUCAUACCUGAGCUGACCAGAGAACAGCAGGCAGCCACCGGAAGAGAUGAUCGGCCCCUGAGCAGAAAUCCCUUGGUCUUCAAGUUCAAGCUGGGGAGCGCUGCCAUCUUUUCGGGGACGAUGCUGAUCAGGGGACCCCUGGGCACCAUCUUCCGGGAAGACUGCGCAGAGGACGUUGAAGUCCGACCCACUGAGGUGUUUGGAACAGGGCAGAUGCUGCCGGAAGAGUAUGCAGUUUGGCCACAGGGUGUCGAGAUAGUCAGCUGCAGAGGUGAAGGACCAGAUGCAAGGAUAGUGAUCGAUCCUGGAGUUACGGACGGCUUAUUGUUCGAGGUCUUCUACCCGAUUCGCGUGGCCGUCUUGCACAAUCCAGUCGUGCAGCCUAUCGACAACAGGUGGACUUUGGACUUCAACGGAGAGUCCUCCGACCCUUUUGAUGGCUACAUGUUAUGGACAUUCACCAGGACAUCGCUGCUGACUGCGACGAUGGGCCGCUCGACAACGGUGACAGGAGACCCCUUUCUGGCGAAUCCUGUGACUUUCACAUUCCGUCCGAAAAACACUGUCAAAGGCACUGGCAUGAUCAUCAGGGUGGAGGCUCCAGACUCCUGGACAAUUGCCAUUGAAGCUGACGGCCAUUGCAAGAUCAUGAUGCAGCCGAUAUCAGCUGACUCCGCAGGCACCGGAAACGCAGACCCACUGACUGCGCCUGCACCGAACUGGAUUGGGCCGCCUUCUCUGAUCUGGGGCGAUGCAGAUGUCCGAUGUGAUGUAGAUGUCGCUACCGGGCGGAUCUUGACAGCCACUGUUCUUGCCUCCGAGCGGGAGAUCGAAGCCAACCGUGACUACCAGCUGACGAUAUUCGUGAGAAAUCCGACACUCUCGAUUCCGGCCUAUGAGGAAGCAAUGUGGAACGUUUGGCAUCUGGACACCUUCGACAGCCCAGGGUCAUCUGGUGUCUUGCCCACCUUCCGCGACUCAAUAACUUUGCCGGGAUACCCCGUCUACAACAAAGCCCGGCAGUGGGUGGUGCGGAAUCAGGACCCUGUCACCGGUGCGACCUACCGCAACGGGCUCUCUGAGAUUCCCGGACUCUUCGUCCAGUUCCAGCUGCCAACAAAGCUGGUUCCCGGAGAUGUCAUUGCCAUCGAGGCUCCGACUGGUUUCAACUUCCUGACGGGUCCGCAAGAUUCGUGUGCCGACUUCCGCUGGGAGCCGAUGGAGGAUGCGUUCCUGUACUUGCCAAACUCCAUGAUCACUUGCAUCGACAACAUGAUCACCAUUCAGGUCCAGGAGCCGAAGAAUAUUCCAGAACUGCGUGUGAUGAUGUUCCGGCUGACCUCGCGAAACCCCGCGAAGACUCCGCAUACCUUCCUGAACCACUGGAGCAUCACUCACACGGCCAAUGGUGCGAUCAUGAGCACGGAGGCAAUCAAGAGCUGGGACGUUGUUCCACAGCUUGCCAACGUGAUGGUCAUGCUGGUAGGGGAGCAGAAGGCAGAAAAUUCGGUGUCCACCAUUGCCGUCUCGUACAGACCUGUCUCCGAUGCCGACGAGCUUAGCCUUGAGGCACUGGAGCCCACCGGCUUUGACUUCACCGGUGCUUCAGCAAUCUCGCUGGGCCACGAGGUCAUUGCAACUAACGCCGAGACGAUCCGAAUUCGGGCAUCUACUUAUGCGGAGGUCAAUGUGGACAUCGUCAUUGCGAAUUUCCGGCUGGGGCUUAACGGGGGCCCGACACUCUUCAACCUGAUUACGAGACUCAACAACGGGGCUCAGAUGGACGAGGCGCUCAACUUUCGUUCUGGCUUCCGACUGCCGGGCAGAGUUGCCGUUACAGGGAAGCAGAUCAGCAGCGAGUACAAGCUCAUGCCAGAACUGUAUCCCGUGCCAUCUCUUUGGGAGGUCCGCAUGGGUGAGUUUGCGGUUGUGGAGCUGCCCUUCACUGUGACCAUCAACUCUGCGGUUGGCAACUUGAUGCGCUUGAGAGCUCCUCCAUACGACCUACAGGCUCAGGACUUUAACAUCAUUCAGAGCGGAACAGCUGAGACCGUGACCUCUGAGGUCACGAGCACAUCUUCCGGCGAGAUGGCGGUUCGUCUCGGGACACAGCUCUUCAGAGGAGUUCUCUACGAGGCCUCGGUGAGAGCUCUCACUCCGAGAGUCCCGAACCCCACAGAUGCGAUGUGGAGCAUCGAGAUUCUGGAUGGCAGCCAGCUGCCCUUGAACACCAACGACGGGCUCACCGAGGGCUUCCGUCUCGUGGAGCGGGCAGAGCUGACAGUGCAGGCGUCGCGUUCACCUCCAAUGGCCGCGAUUGAUGUCAACUUGAUGGUGGACCCGAAGUCUUCCCAGCCGGAUGAGCUGAUCCUGGUCGCACCGCUUGGCUUCAACUUCACGCCGAACUGCCUUGUAACGAGCUCCUUCAAUCGAGUCACUUCCUGCCAGUUGCAUGGCAACGUUGCUGGACGAGCUUCCGCUCGGCUCACGGUUGCACGUCUGACAUCCGUGCUCGAGCAGGUUGUGAUCAAGGUGACAACGCCGGCACAGAAUCCCCCCAGCACCAGCUGGUUCAUCAAUGCCCGAGACAUGGCCAGCGACCUGCAGCUCGCGUGGGGGGAGGAUCCCUCCGGGGUUCUGAUUCGGCAGAUGUUGGGUGCGCACGUCCUGUAUCCCGGCAUUCCGCAAAUUCCCGGCCAGAUGGCUUUCAGUUUUAUCACGAAUGAAAAAAUCGAGUCAGGUGGAGCCAUCCGUGUAGGAUAUCCAACGGACAUCGAGGUCCUGUGCAAUGGCCUGUACUUGAACCAGGUGGCGAUUACCGGGGAGGUGACCUGCAUGAACUUCAUCCAGGAGGGUUACUUCGAGCUGCGGCUGGACAGACCGCUUCCCCCUGGCCAGCAAGCUUUUACGGUCACUAGCACCUGCCCUGCCGCUGUGAAUGACAAUGUAUUCUACAUCAUCAUUCUGACGCCGACUGGGCAGGUGUCGGACGCAGCAAUGAGCAUUCCUGGCCUCCGGAUCCAACACGGCCUGCCAAUUUCAGCAAUGCCUCUAAUCUGGGGCAUGGCCGAGCCGAACAGGAAUACCUUCGUCAGCACCGGCAUUGAGCUGCUCGCAGAACUGCCGCUCAAGGAUCCACCCAUCAUGAGCGAGAUUAUUAUUGAGAUGCCUCCGGACUUCUCCCACCAGGUCCAGAAGACAGCGCAGCUGGAGACCUUGACGGAACCACUUCCACGAAGAGAAGGCGGCUGGUUAGACGUCACUGAUCCACGAAGGCUGAGGCUGCUAAUGGAUGAGGAAGCCAUCCAAAAGCUGGCCAUUGGCUCGUACAGGUUCCAGUGGCCCAUCAUGGUGCCCGCCGUCAUGCCAAAGUAUAAUAUCUGGGAGCUGACCGUUUGCAGUCCAGCCAUUCGGAAUGAGUCCUGCACGGGUUCCGAUGAUCCGCGUGCCUUGGUCAGCUUCCCCUUGGCAGGCUUUGGAAUGGGUGAGUCUCACCCGUCGUCGAUCGCCUUUACCCAAACUGGUGACGCAUCACCGGUGCGGGCCAACUGGUCGGUGCUUGCACUACUUGCAGCUGUCGCCUGGAGACAUCAUGUGCGCGAAGCCUGA